AUGACAAUAAAGAACAAAGUAAUUACACCAAGAACAUAUAUAACUAAACGCUAUCAAAGUUCCAAACUUAUAUCACUGCCAUUUAGCAUAAAAAAUACAAGAAAGAUUCGAGAAUCUAACGAAUCAUUUCCAACUCCGAGUUUUAUUAGUUUUGAUUUGUUCGGUACUUUAUACUAUCCUAAAAAACCAGUACCCGAACAAUAUUACGAUAUAUCUCAUGGAGAGUAUGGAUUAAAUAAAUCAAUUGAGUCAAUUGAGAAAGAGUUUCCAGUUGUAUAUGACAAAUUAUUAGACAAAUGGCCAAAUUGUGGUAAACACGUAUUAAAUGAUUGUGAAAAAUGGUGGGAGAAAUUGAUAUUAAAAUUAUACAAUCUAAGUGAAAAUGACCCACAAGCAAUUAAAAUGAGUGAUAGAUUAAUCAAUCAUUUCACUUCUUCUGAUGCAUAUGCUGUAUAUGCAGAUGUAAUUCCAACAUUGGAAAAAUUGAAACAACAUAAUAUUAAACUUAUCGCGACUUCAAAUUCAGAUCUUAGAGUAAUGAAAAUAUUAGAUAGUUUAAAUUUAAUGAAAUUUUUCAAACAUGGAGCCGUUAAAGACAUUUAUUUAUCUUAUAAUUUAGAUAAUUUAAAACCAGAAAAACUAUUUUUUGAUAAAAUUGCAUUAAAGAAUUAUCAACAAGAGAUACAGAAUAAAGACGAUGAAUCUAUACCUUAUAGUUAUCUUGAGAAGUGUUGGCAUAUAGGUGAUAAUUAUAAUCAAGAUUUUCUUGGAGCUGUAAAAGCUGGUUGGAAUGGAAUAUUUAUAAAUAGAGACAGUAAGAUAAAGGAUAAGUUUGAAAUAAUUGCAAAUAAUAGAGUAAUGAUAACUGAUUUAAGACAAUUGUUAGAGAUAUUUGAAUUGAAUGAAUAA